AUGAAGACUACAGCACUUUGUGUUUUUGCUCUGUUCCUUUCUUCGAUGUUAGUUGAGGGCAGCAUACUUAAUAAUCUCUGCAUUGCGCCUGGUGAUUGCGAUGGAAAAAAAGUACAUGAAUAAGUAGAAAUCUCUUUCGUUUUCAAUCCAUCUAAAAUGUUUUAGAUGGUGUUAAUAUUUAAUUUGAGUUGAAUUUUCUGAGUGGUUCGAUUAGGAAUGGCAAUGUUUUUCUUUUCAAAAGGAGAAUUUUCAAUAACGAACACUUAUUAGUGAGAGUAGAAAUACCUUAUCUAUGUAUUAAGUCAUGUCAAAAUGAGCUGGAAUCUUUCAAUAAUGUUUUUUCUUUAUCAUUUCAUUCAUGUCAUUGUUGAAUGAUCCUGGUUGUUCAACUCAUUAAUUUUUCGCACUAAAAGCCGCUUUAAAUUCUUUUAGGACAAGCCUAAAAAAUCUUCAACGGAAAAUGUUGGAGAUAACGGAGAGGCUGGAAAUUUGGAAAUGAUGAAGAUGAACAUCCGUAGACGCUUGGAGGAGGUAAGUACAGGUUUUUAA